AUGGCCGAAGAUCUUGACACGUCCAAGAUCACGCAUUGGCGUUCGAUCGUCACGCUCAUCGUGUUCGUCCUGACCAACCUCAAUGUGCUUUUCCCUUUCCACAUACCGAUUCUCGUCCCCAAAUCAAUCUAUUACGCUUGUCUGGACUGUCUCAGCUCGUUGAGAAUUAUCCCCCGUCGAUAUGAGUCCCCAGCAGAUGGCGGCAAGGCGUAUGUGCGACUUUGGUUCCCGAUGAACCUGAUCACGGCGCCUUUGAUAGCAGAUCUGUUUCUGCUGGCCAUUUUGGCGAUAGGCCGAAAAGAAGUCCACGACGGCACUAUUGGCACUGCGAACAUUUCUCCGCUUGACAUUAUGAUCUUUUUCAUCACGCUGGCCUACAUCGCCAUCUCUAUCGAUGCAUCGGGCCUCAUCAGAUACCUCGCACUCAAGGUUCUCCAACGCGCAGGAAAGGCUGGCCACCGCCUCUUCUUUUUCCUGUACGCCUUUUUCUUUUUGCUGAGCGGAUGUGUUGGCAACGACCCUAUCAUUCUAUCUGGGACACCUUUCUUGGCGUACAUGACCCGUGCUUCAAGCAAUAUUGCAAACCCGAGAGCAUGGAUUUUCACACAGUUCGCCAUGGCCAACAUCGCUUCCGCUAUCCUUGUGUCAUCUAACCCAACUAACCUUGUUCUGGCCGGGGCCUUUGAGAUCAAAUUCAUCAAUUAUACGGCGAACAUGAUCGUCCCCGUUGUUAUCACUGCGAUCGCCCUGUUCCCCUUUCUUCUCUAUGUCGUGUUCCGAGGUGAGGGACUCAUUCCAAAGACUAUCGACAUCCAUGAACUUCCUCUUGAAGAAAGAGAGCAGAAGCCGGUUAAUCCCAAUAUUCCAAACUCCCGAGUCUCUAGUGGAGAAGGAGAUGUCGCAGAAGAAAAGAUUCUCCCACUGGCGGAGAUCAUGAAUCCGUUUCUUGACAAGCCAGGCGCCAUCUUUGGAAGUCUUCUGAUGGCAGUGACUCUGAUUACCCUUCUUACAAUCAACGCCGCCAUGGGAGGGCACGGCCAGUUGCAUGUGUUUUGGAUUACCCUUCCCGCUGCAGUCGUCAUGCUAUGUUGGGACCUUGCCUUUGGGUGGUUCAAACGGGAAGAAACACGGAAAAUCGCACGUAACGGCCAGAACCAUCUGGAAAUGCUAAGCGGUGAUGGGGAUAUUGAGUCCAGUGCCAAUACCAGAGCGAUAUCUCCACAAGCUACUACUACCACAGGCCAUGAAAUUUCCGAGGCAGCCACCACCCAAAGGACAAACCCAGAGAUCCAGCAGCAUGCCGACAACGAGAAACCACCGCCAGUACAACCUUCACACAAAGAUCCCAAGAAUACUCUGAGCGCAAAAGAGCCACGAAACUCAUCCACCAGUACCUGCCAAGUGAACUCGUCAAACCAUGUGACGCUUGUUUCCUUGAUCAGAGAUAGCUGGGUCUGGCUGCGAGAGACCUUCCCAAACGCAACCACGGUCCUCAUGCUUCUGCCGCUGCCGCUGGUACCAUUUGCCUUUGCCAUGUUCGUGCUUGUGCAGGCCCUAGUUACCAAGGGCUGGGUGCCUGUCUUUGCGUACGGGUGGGACCAUUGGGUAGAAAAGACAGGGACAGUGGGCGCCAUUGGUGGCAUGGGGUUCCUCUCCGUCAUUCUAUGCAACUUUGCUGGCACAAACAUCGGGACUACGAUUCUGCUUUCCCGUGUGAUUCAAGCGUGGCAAGAAAUACAUCGCCAGAACGGUGUCGCCAUAAGCGAUCGCACAUUCUGGGCCACCGUCUACGGAAUGGCAUUGGGUGUCAACUACGGAGCAUUCAGCACCGCCUUCAGUGCCUCUUUGGCUGGGCUGCUCUGGCGCGACAUUCUCAUGAAGAAGCAUAUCAAGGUUGGGAACCUCGAGUUUGCACGGAUCAAUAUCCCAAUCAUUGCAUUUACGAUGGUGGUUGGCAGUGCUGUCCUUAUCGGGCAAAUCUACAUUAUAAGAAAAACUACUCCCUACUCAUUAUAA